GUGGGUUGUUUUUGCCUUUCCGAAGCUGGUGCUGGUAGUGAUGCUUUUGCACUGAAAACGCGUGCUGAAAAGAAAAACGGUCACUAUGUUAUUAAUGGUUCGAAAAUGUGGAUCACAAAUUCAGCAGAAGCAGAAAUCUUUCUAGUUUUUGCUAAUUUAGAUCCUUCCCAGAAAUAUAAAGGCAUAACGUGCUUUGUUGUAGAAAAGGAUAUGGGUAUUAAAGUUGCAAAGAAGGAAUCAAAGGUCCCUGAAGAAAACUUACUUGGAGAGGAGUUUAAAGGUUACAAGUACGCUAUCGAAAUCUUGAAUGAAGGUCGAAUUGGAAUAGCAGCUCAGAUGAUAGGUCUAGCUCAAGGCGCGCUUGACCACGCGCUACCUUACUUAUUCCAAAGAAAAGCCUUUGGAUCCUUUAUUGGCGAUUUCCAGGCAAAUCAACAUCAAUAUGCGCAAGCUGCUACUGACAUUGAAGCGGCUAGAUUAUUGACAUAUAAUGCUGCUAGAUUAAAACAAGAAGGAAAAGAUUUUAUUAAGGAAGCUGCUAUGGCCAAGCUAUACUCAUCUCAAGUUGCAGAACGGGUUGCGUCAAGAGCGAUUGAAUUAAUGGGAGGUGUAGGGUUUACUAGAGAAUUUCCAG